UUUACAUUCCGUAUAAAAAUACAGCUGUCACUUGAUAUUAAUUUCAAAAAAUGGAAAAACAAAAAUAUAAGAAAAGAAGCUGUUGGAGUGAUAGGGUAGAAGCCCUACUAAUUAAAUUGUGGCAGAGCAAAAUAAGUGCUUUUCGCGGUCCUAGGAAAAACAACCACAUAGUGGAGGAAAUGGCAAUGGAGUUGCAGCAACAAGGUGUGCAUUUCACGGCGAGUGAAAUAAAAUCGAAAAUGCACAAUCUUUCACAGAGAUAUAGGAAAGAGAAGACAGCAGUUGGGUCAACUGGCGGUUCUCCCUCGCAGUGGCCACUUUAUGAUAAAAUGAGAGCCGUACUGUCGCCGCACGUCAGUUACAACACCGAGGGCUUAGUGGAGGAAAGUUUUCAAAGUUCUACUAACUCCGAACCACUCCAAAUUUCGGUGUAAACGGCUGCGUCUUCUACAUUUGUUGCUGCAUCUCCAUAGUCAUCACCGG